AUGGCAUUGGGACCGACGUGGCGACUCGGCACCCUGGCGGUACUCCUCGAGAGCCCUCCUGCAGGGUAUACUAUUAACCGUGGAUUUCAAGUCAGUUUGGUGCUGCUGCGUCAGACAUGCAGCCCAGCAGCCAAUCCUCGGCCACCGGAGAUGCGUUCGUUCACUCCGCCGUCAGUUCCGGCAGGCCUUCCUCCAGCUACGCCCGCUGCACUGCCGAGUCCGGGACACCUCUGGCCCACUAGCGACGGGGCCCCGCCGCCCGUCCCGCCCCGGGGGCCCUCCCACUGCUGGUCCUCCCCGGUCUCCUCCUCCAAGUCUAGUCCGCCCGAGGGCCACUGGGCGCCAGCUGGCCUCCCGCGCUUGACCUCCUCCCCCUGCUGCUAG